UUUUAUACCCCGAUGCUUUUUCUGGAACCGAUGACAACAUUGCUGCUUGGCUAAAGAGGCAUUUCUGCUGGAAACUUGGGAGGAUUUGCGUAGAGCUUUUUUUGGAAGGACACAUGUUGUUGUGAUGGUGGUCGUUCGUCAUCAUGGUCAAUAUCAGUGAUCGCUGAUAACGAUCACGUUGCCGCGAAUGCGGAUCAGCUGAUCGUCCACAGUGGGUCAAAGCCAUUGCAGAUGUUAAAGCCUUUAAGUGUGUGUGUGUUCGUGAGCUGAGACAUCCCUGCCAUCUGGACUCAGUGUGGUGGCUCAAGUUCUGCCCCAGAUAAAGUGCGCCACUGCCCGUGACCUGAUUCCUACCCACGAGCUCACAUGCCGGAGAACCAUCGACCCUCCUGCCAGUUCCUGUUUGUGUAGUCCAUGUGUGUGACGUGUUGCACCAGGUGUUCACCUCCCGACCCACCACCCACCACGGCCCUCACCUGUGUGUUGCGGUGCUUCCCUUGUGAGCCGACCUGGGCUGGCAGUCCCUUCUUGCACCGCCCGCCGACACCACCCAUGGUCAGGAUGACGCGCUCCAAGACCUUCCAGGCCUACCUGCCCAGCUGUCACCGGACGUACAGCUGCAUCCACUGCCGAGCUCAUCUGGCCAACCACGACGAGCUCAUCUCCAAGUCGUUCCAAGGCAGCCAGGGCAGGGCCUACCUGUUCAACUCAGUCGUGAAUGUUGGGUGCGGUCCGGCAGAGGAGCGGGUUCUUCUCACCGGCCUGCACGCGGUCGCCGACAUCUACUGCGAGAACUGCAAGACCACCCUGGGCUGGAAAUACGAACACGCCUUUGAGAGCAGUCAGAAGUACAAAGAGGGAAAGUUCAUUAUCGAGCUGGCCCACAUGAUAAAGGACAAUGGCUGGGACUGAGGGACGAGCCGCCCGGGACACUACGGCAGUGGAGUCAAGUGGACGAACAUUCGGGAUGAUGUGUGGGUGGUGGGGGAGGGAGGGAGGGAGGGAGGGUGUCAUGGUGGGUUAGUGUGUGACUUUGGUUUGGCUGAUUUACCAUUAACAUCUCUAACUCUCUUCCCAACCCUCCGCGACCUGUUCUCCGUGCGCGGCCCGGCCGUUGAGCCCCUGCUCGAGCCAGAGCUGGGCCAUAAGAAGCAGCUAGCUGGACUAGACGACAGACCUGGUUUUUAGUCUCUCUCCUCUAAAACACGCGUGAAGCUUCUUCCGUUCCUGUUUCGAGAGGCGCAGGUGGCGCGGCCUGGUGGGGUUCGCUCGGAAGAGCCGACAUUCCCAGCUUGAAUGAGAUGACCUAAGAUGCUUAUAGCAAAUCCAGCUGAAUGGGUGCGGUGCCAGCUGGGCCAGUGAUGGGGCCUGGCGCCAAGGCUUGGCACGGAGGCCUGAGCACGUGGGCAGUGGUGCGUGCGUGCGGGGGGAUUGCUGCUCACCAGGCCGUGCACUGAACACGCCGGGAGGGGCCGAGCCUGAUCCUGUUAUACAGAAGCUUUAAUGGCUUCUGGCUGGCAGCCGCUCCACGUCUUGUCAGCAAUGCGGCGACAUGGUGAGACAGCCACCAGCUUGUCGCAAAAACCUGGCAGGAAUUCACCGCUGACGUCGUCCCCGCCUCUCUUUUCAUGUAAAGUGAACCGUCGACCCUUCUUUUGUUUCUUCAAGACACGUCCAUGUCUCCUUGUGUUACUUGAUGUUAUACUCAACUCAAAUGUGACUCAGGUUAAUGACUUGCAGUGAGCUCAGAGAGGGGCCGGUGAGUUGGCGAAAAUGAACCCCGGACUGUUCCCACUUCUUAAAUCGAUGACCAUCGCAUGACCGCUUCCAUGGGCCGUGGGACAGAGAAUGUAAAGCAGGAGGAGGGUACGACUUUCCAACCACAGUGGCGUGUUUACUGUAGAUAUGUAAAACAGUUUGGGGCUAAAACUGACCAUAACAGAAUCCAUUGCGACAUUUAAAAAAAAAAAAAAGAGAAGAAGAAGAACAAUGCACUGGAUGAAUUUGCUUGUUUAUUUAUUUAUACUGAAUGUAAGAGCUCAUCUACUUCACUUUGGUUUGCUCGUCUUUAUUAGCAAGCUUUGGCAGCACAGGCCUUUCGAGUGUGACACUCAAGUGCCAAGCGGUUACACACAAGCUAGAACAAGUGUCCCAGACUGUUCAGCCAUUGAGCUUCUUGGAUGAUAACUAGCCUCCUUUUUCAGUAACUAGGUCAGUAGUUUGGUCUUAAACUGUGUGUGUGUGUGUGUGUGUCAUGUAGGUUCUCAAAUUCCCCCCGGGCAAGUCUUGUGUUAACCAAAUCUAAAACGCAGCUGUGAUAUUAAUUACCCAGCACAACCAAAGAACCCACCCGUCAUGGAGAUACUGACCAAACAGACGUUAUAUUUUUUGCUUGGGCAAAGAGGGUGUGCAGCUGAACGCCAAGGUCGAGUAUAACCUUUCUCUGUGAUGAUAUAUAUAUAUAUAUAUAUAUAUAUAUAUAUAUAUAUAUAUAUAUAUAUAUAUA